CCUUAUUGGGGAUCACAAUAGCUACCGGAGUUAUAUCAGCGCACUACGAGCUAUAUCCGUCCAUGUUUACUGGUGACUUUGCACAAAUGGGAGGGUCUGCCCAUUACUUUUACGACUACUACGUAGUUCCUUGGUGUCGCAUGGGACCUUAUAUCGUUGGCAUAGUAACCGGGUACAUCAUCUACCGGACUGAUGGCAAAUUCAAAAUACCAAAGGGCAUGAAUGUGUUGAUUUGGAUCGCCAUAGCCGUGGCCGCGUGUCUGGUGGUGUACGGAAUUAACGGUCCCGUCAAUGGACAUAUCUGGAGUAACGGUGUAAACGCCCUCUACAACGCCGUGCAUCGCUCCGUGUGGGGAAUGUGUGUUUGCUGGGUUAUCUUUGCCUGUGUCACGGGAAAUGGAGGUCUCGUUAACGACUUUCUGUCGUGGAAGCUGUUCGUCCCCCUCGGUAGACUCAGCUAUUGUAUCUAUCUGACCCACAUACUCGUUCUUCAGUAUUACCUGCAAAGCUUGCGCCAACCAAUUUAUGGCACGACGUUGGAAUUCACUUUCAUUUUCCUUGGAACAUUAUUACUAUCGCUCCUGGUGUCCAUAGUCGCCUCCUUGGCUUUCGAGGCUCCAAUGAUGGCCUUGGAGAAAGUCAUCUUCCGACGAGGCAAAAAGUAAAACAUACAAACACUUCAGAAAAAGGAAAAUUAGAAGUAAUAGUUAAUCCAGAGGAUUCGAAGUGCUAUCCGUCAUGUCGGGAAUGCGAUGUUAAUACGUCUAUCUUUGAAAGUUUUGUGUUAUGUAUAUUGUAGUGAUUUAUCAUUAAAAUACAUCCGCUUGGACA